GACUGCAGCUCCUGCAGUCAAUCUCCAUGCUUCUCCAUGCUGCCGCACACACUAUCUUUGCACCAGUAGCCCCGAGGCUGUUGGGGGGCCACGAACUCAUCGGCACUACAGUACUUGGGACGAACCGCUCUGGUGUUUCAGCGGCAACCAGGGACUGCUCCCACAACGGUGGUGAGUGAUUCAGGGAAUCACGUUGACAGCGAAUGACUGACAGUCAAUGUGCUGAUAUUUCUUCGCAACGUCAAACAAUAACGAGGGUUGGCAUGGGGCACGCUAUCUAUGGGUGACACUUCGGUGUAAGUGUUACACCUGGGAUAAACCCGGCCCAGGCUCGGUGAGGCGCUCAUCCACCACCGCCACAGCUGAGCGUGACAAGUGUCUUUGUCCACGUCUGCGCGACUUCAUACCUGUGGAGUAGUAUCUUGAGAGGACCGCCAACGAGGAAACUGCCAUGGCUGGCCGUCCGGGGAGUGGAGAUGAAGAGUCUUCACAGGAGACGGAGCUGGACAGUAGGGUUAAUGAAGCAUCUACUGAACCGGCACCAGCUUGUGGAGAUUUGUCGUUUGCGAAUAAAAUGGGCAGUCUGCAUUGUCUGAGGUGACGAUGCCCUCCUGGAUCUUGCCUCAUCAUGCCUACCUUAGGUACCUUACCUGGGUAAUGAUCCUGGUAAGGUAUCGAAGGUACGCAACUCAGACACCUGCCAAGCCACAUAGUCUGCUCGAAUUCUACAUCGGUAUUAAGGAC